AGUUGCGCGGUCUAUCUGUAUAAAAUCUAUGGUUCUGCAGCACCACACAGCUUGACACAGCUGUAACGAGCAAAUGUCUGCCGCUAUGGUUAAAGUUUUAUUUGUAAACCGUAAACUUGUUACCGCGGUUGUAUGCUGAAAGCCGUAGUUCACAAAACGAUCAGGUCGUCUAUAAAAGUCGCGAUAUCCUCCGACUUUUCCUAGCGAUAUUUGAGUGUCUAACGCAUUUGUGUCGCAAUGGAGGUCGAGUACGACGAACCUUCGGACGUUGAGAUGGUGCCUAUCUCAGAAAUAGAGAGGACCAAGGCAACAUUAGAACCAGAACCACGGUUGCAGACAUUUGGUAUUCCCGAGAGAUCCGUGGACACAUUUACAACAGGUAUAGAUAUAUUCAGCAAGGAGGAAAAAUUGAAGAUGGAGGAGCGAGCAAAGCGUUUUGGCUUGACGGAAAAAUGCAAAGAAUUGGCAGAGCCAGAGGAGGAUCUAUACAGCAGCAUGGGUAUUGUGGACGACGGUGAGAAUACAAAGAACAUCAGGUUGAAUGUAAUUCACAUGAGAGGAACCGAGGAUAUGAGCACUAAAGAUGUAUUCAAAUAUUUCCAAGAUUAUGCUCCGAUGUCGAUUGAGUGGAUCAACGACAUAUCAUGCAAUGUGGUCUGGUUUGACAAUCUAACGGCAGCCAGAGCUGUGCUGGGAUUAUCAAAAAGAAUUGUCGGUAAUGUUGCAAAAUAUUCAGAUCGAGAGAACAAUGAUUCCGAGAACAGAAAAGAGGACGUGGCGAAAGCGGAUGAAGAAAAUGAGUCUGUCGAUACGAACAAGGAUGGAAGAAACGAGAAUUGCAUAAGCAUUAAAGAUAUCGACUGUCCGCUACCCCCUGGUAUAUGGAGGAAAGGUAUCGAUUAUCCCAAGUCUAAAGGAAUCUUCUUGAGAUUUGCCACCAGGGCGGAUAAAAAGCAGGUCAAUGCGGAGAAGAGAAGCGAAUAUUACAAGAAGUAUGGGAAUCCCAACUUCGGAGGUCUCAAGGGAAUUCUAACGGAAUCUCGUAAGCGUGUAUACAAGCAGACGAAACAGAAGCGCAAUUCAUUGAGCGAGGACAAGGAUCAGGACCAGUCAAAGAAUCCGUGGGGUGCGUUGUCCGAGACGUGGGGCAUGAAUGAUGUCGUGGAGGACGAUUUUCUCCCGAGGAACGGCGCUCGAGACCAAGGACGUAACAUAAAGGAAAGAUUGGGUCUCAAAUACGUGGAAAAGGAUGCGGUUCCGACGGAGAAGUCGAGUGACGCCAGUUCGAGUAGCGACAGCGACGAUGAUUGGUGUAAACGGAGUAAGAUUCCCCGCAUGCGGAUGCAUGCCGACGACGAGGAGGAAAAAGUACAGAAGCGUCGAGCGAAGCUUCGGUUCCAAACGAUUCUGAAUAACUUGAAUAGCAGCGGUGACUUGCGAUCAAAGUUGGGAAGGUCAAAAACGAAAACGCAGUACCAUGAUCCCAUUCAAGUAGUGGUCACGAAUACGAACGUGACAAGUUCGAAACGCGACAAUUCCGGGGUAAUUCGGCAGCAGGGCCAUCAGGUCGUGCAAGAAGUACAGUCAUCGGAGAGAGAAGAGGGGGAGUGGCAGGAGUCUGAAGCCGAGGACGGUCAUGAGGAGGAGGGAGACAAGGAAGAGCAGAGACAUCUCCAGCACGAUCUGAUGAAUGCGGAGGAAGAACGAGAAGAAGGUGAAGAUGAGGAGAAUGAGGAGGAGGAGGAGGAGGAGGAGGAAGGGGAGCACAAGGAGGACGACGAGGAUAGUGACGAAGAGGACAGUGACGUGCCUGCUAAGGAGAUUCAGGGUCCUAAAGGAAGCGUGAUAAAGGUAGUCCCGCCCAAGCGACGCAUUGCUUCCACUGUGUGGGCGAGAUUGAAUCAUGUGAAAAGCGAAGCCAGUGACAGCUAUUUGAAAAAGAGGUCUGUGGGCAGCCGCGACUUGAGGAGUACCCUGAAAAGCGGUGAUCUACGAUCGCGCAUCGGAAAUCAUACUAGAGGACGUUCUCCAUUGAGAAUAGAAGUGAAAAACGAUAAAUACACAAGAGACGAUAGUGACGGAGAGUGAUCUCUGUAUGAAUUAAUUAUUCGAAAGUUCGAGACCUGUAAAAAGAGCGCGCUCAUUAUUCAGAUGUAUAAUUUUAAGACUUUCGUAAUACUUUAUAACAGUUACGGUGGAAUAGUUGUAAAUUACAUAUGGGAUAUAUUUAGAUUUACAUACCUUACGAACCUAAUGAAGUUUUUCUUUUUUCAUCAUUGGAAAAAUUGCGAUUGCUUGACGCAUAUGUGUACCAUAUGAAUGUAUCAUGAGGGGAGGAAAAUAUCAGUAUAUAUAAAAAAUUGUAUUUCGUACUCUACGUUAAUGAUCGAUCUUCCAAUAGUAUCAUUAUUGUUUUUAUCAGACAGAUAACGAAUGCCUCCGAUAAUGUCCCGUGUAAAUGUGACACAGAUCGUAUAUCUACGAGUUUAUGUAUAUUUCUGUAGGCAGAGAGGGAAGCGGGUAAACUAAAUUUGACUGAGAUAUUUGUGCAAUUAUGGAAAAAGAAAAAUUUCGAAGAGAGAUUUGUUUUAUGUUCUCUGAAGUACAUGUAAAACAUGUACCUUUUGCACGAAGAAUGUCAGAUAAAAGUAUAGUUUCGUAAGAUCUCAGAAUGACGACUUGAGAUAUUUUGUAAAGGCAUCUCUAUUGAUCCAGGAUAAUACUCCAUGUCACAGCUAGAAGGAGACAAGUGACAAAAGAAAUAAAUGAUAAUCUGUAUGCCGUAUUACAGUUCCGUCAUUUCUCCGAAACGUUCUUUUAUCGUUCAAUUUUACAGGCGACAAAUUCUACUAGGUAACGCGAUAUAAUAAAAUGUGACCUAUGCGAAAAGCGUGUCGACUUUUAUUUUGUUACCUUCUAACGUGACAUAAACUAAAAUCAAAACUAACGAACAGUGUUGCUUUCAAAAUUUGCAGGGACGAAUAACAUGACAAAGCGAGUAAUUAGCCAAUAAAGCCUUUUAUAUUAGCACAAUAAUAGUUGGAAUAGCUAUGUAAAAUACAACAGUCGACGAUGAUAAUUUAAUUAACAUGAAUAACGAUACGUCACGUGUGACAAUCAUUUAGAACAGCAAUCGAGUCGAGGUAAUAAAAAAUCAUAGAGAAAGAGAGAACACAGUAAAUACAUUUAUUUCUCAAAUAGCUGCUUAGCUACAUUCAUAGGUUCUUAGGUUUUUAUAAUCUUCUUGACUUAGACUUUCUUAUUGUUUCAUAAUUUUUCCCGUUCAGUUACAUAUUUUUGAAAAUAUAAUUCGCGCAAAUCGAAGCGAUUGUACUCGACAGUGAACUUCGAAACGGUUCAUUCGCCACUUUUGCAACUGUUUAAUCUUAAGCUGCAUUCUUUGACAUCGGUACUCGCGAUCGUACUGCGUAUUUGUCGAAUAAACGACGCGUUUAAAAUCACAUUUUAAUUUUAACCGCAUAUCAUUCGAUCAUUCUCGCCUGCGCGAUAACUUGUACGUCGGGCGUAAGAUUACGUUCAUAAUAAGCGGCGUUAAAGUCUACGUAUCAAAUGCCUCAAUUUUGACUCCCUGAUUACCUCAUUUAAUUGUACUUUACGCUUGCGAGAGCGUCGCUUUUCUUUUAAUAAAAUUUUCCCGAAAA